AUGCUUAUUUCUAAGAUAUUCAUUCCUGAGAUAAAUUUUCAGGCAUGUCCUUCAGAAAUCCAUGCGAAUGAUACAGAGGUUUUUCAACUUAAAACACUUUCGUUAAAUUUCCUAAGAAACACUUCUGAAAUAACUGAUGAAUAUAUUCCAAAACUUAAUCCUUAUCACUUCUGCGAUGAAGGAAUUCUUGCCUUACCACUUCAUUCAUUCACAGAACUUAUACUAGCUUCUGGUGAAUAUCACAUGGUAUUUAAAGAUAAGGAUUUCAGGAAAAAAGACCCCCUAAGUGAUGAUACUGUAGGAAAUGAAUUGGAACUUUUGCUUGAUUUAGGAUUAAUAGACGAUGAAUUUCUUGCGAAUCAAGAGAAAAAAAUAACCAAAAUUAUUACGCAUGAUUAA